AUGAGUCAAGGCAAACGUAAAAAGGCUGGAUCUUCUUUUCCUUGGUCUCAAAGAAAAUUAUGUCUUACCAACCCAUUUCCUCGAUAUGGACACUCUGCAUCAAACAUGGCUUCUGCCAAUGACUUACUUAUUUUUGGCGGUGUUUAUAUGGGAAAAGCUAGAAAUGAUGUUUUUUCUAUUGAAAUUAGCACACUAAAUGUUCAAAGUAUCUCAACUACUGGUGAUAUCCCUCCACCUCGAAGUUGGCAUACACAUGCAGAAAUUGGAUCAAAACUAUUUGUUUUCGGUGGAUUAACUCAGGAUCCUCAAUAUUCAGACCAAAGAAUUGAUGAUAACCUUUACAUGCUUGACCUAGAUAAUUCAAGCGGUGCUGGUUGGGAAUUUAUUACUCCAGCAAGCCAACUUCCUCCGGGAAGAAUGGCUCAUAUAACAUGCGUGCAUAAUGAUAAAAUUUAUGUGUUUGGUGGAAAUGAUGCGCAUAGAUGUUUUAAUGAUAUGUGGUGUUUUGAUCCACGCACUAAUACAUGGUCAGAAUUAUCUUGCAUCGGCUUUAUUCCAUCUGCUCGGAAGUUUCAUGGUGCUGCCAUUGUGGAUGAUGUUAUGUAUGUAUUUGGCGGUAUGACGCAAGAUGGGCAAGAAUUAGGCGAUUUGACUGCAUUUAGGAUAAGUAAUCAAAGAUGGUAUAUGUUUCAAAAAAUGGGUCCUACGCCAAAUCCGAGAUUUUAUCUCACAAUGACCACGAUACAAGAAAAAGUUCUAGUUCUUGGUGGUGAAUCCACGUCUACGCAAGGAUUGAGGCCAGAUGAAGACAGCAUAAUUCACAUAUUAGACACAU